UAUAAAAACUCCAAUUCUGCAAUUUCACAGAACCUCAGGGACUUCUUCUCCUGUUCUCUUCUGCCUCCUUUUUUUUUUUCACCCUAUAUUUCUCUUCCCGCUCUCUCUCUCUCUCUCUCUCUCUCUCUCUCUCUCUCAAGCAUCACUGACUUCUCUCUCCGUCGCCGGCGAGGAUUCUAGGGUUUGUGCCGUCUCAUGGUUUGUCACUGGUUUGGCGUUAUGUAGUUGUUGGUGGACAUGUGGAUGGAGCUCUGCUGAACCUUUUAGUGGGGAAAUUCCAGAUUGUUGCUCCAGAUAUUUGUAAAUGAAUCUUUGAUUUUGAUAUUAACUGAAUGGUUGAAAAUUUUGAAUGAUUGAACUGUGGUAGAUUACUAGAUUUCUUCUCUUGUUCGUGCAUGUGAGAUUCAUUAGAUAAGAGUAAGGAAAUUUUCCAAUUCUGUAUCACAUAUGGAAUGCAACAAAGAGGAUGCUGUCAAGGCAAUGCAAAUUUCAGAAACAAAGAUGCAAAAUAAAGAUUAUAUCGGAGCAAUGAAGAUGGCACAAAAGGCUCAGAGACUCUUCCCAGAUCUUGAGAACAUUACUCGGUUACUUGCGAUCUGUGAAGUUCAUUGUACAGCAGAAAACAAGCUUGGUGGAUCUGAAAUGGAUUGGUAUGGGAUUCUUCAGACUCAACGAUUUGAUAGUGAUGCCAUCAUCUCGAAACAGUAUAAAAAACUGGCGCUGUUGCUUCAUCCCGAUAAGAGUAAAGGACUUGCUGGUUCGGAUUCUGCUUUCAAGUUGAUUGUUGAAGCAAAGGAUUUGCUGUUAGACAAACAAAGACGUUCUCUAUAUGACAUUAAGUAUAGAACUCUAGCAAGACCUGGUGCACCAAAAACAACAGCGCAUCAGUCAAAUAUUGAUUUAACUUCUGCAACCAAAUCUCAGAAUAAUCCUCAGUCAGAGGUACAACAAAACACAUUCUGGACACAGUGCUACCAUUGUCUCUCAAAAUUUCAAUAUUAUAGAGAGUUUGUUGAUCGGUUGCUCCGUUGUCAAAGAUGCCGGAAGGCAUUUCAUGCUCAUGAAUUACGGGAAGGUGUGCAUUCCGGAUCUUUCAGGAAUGACUUUGUGAAUCAUAAAGAGCGGCCAAGUCAUGGUCCUUCAAAAGCCUCACAAAGUAAUGGAGGAACUGAAAAAGGAGAUUCAAGAUUUCAGAAUGGAGAUGCAGCAUUUAAACCUGCGUCAAAGGUAGGAACUUCUGCUGAUUUGACUGGGGAUUCCAAUGCUGAAAUGGGGAAGCAAGGUGUUGAAACAUCUACAUCUGGUCCAGUGAAGUCCAAAGAUACAGGAACUUCAAGAAAUAUUAAAAAAGAAAGAGAGAAGCCGACUUCUGAAUUAGGAGAAAGUUUGAAGGCGGGAAAUACAACCACAUCUGAUACGCGACAUGUUGUUAAAGAGAAGAUUGAACUCACUGCAGGCCAUCGCACUAGGAGAUCUCCAAGGAAUAAGCAUAAUCUUUCAUCCCUUCUAGAUGACAAGGAUGAUGAUUUUGUGAGUCCCCCAUUCAAAAGGAUGAGGAAAGGCCCACUGUUUGGUGCUGCUGAGAAGAAGGGGAGUAAUGCAGCUGUUGGUGGAUAUAAGACAGCUACAAGAGACAACGCAAGUGUUCCUGUAGAAGAACAUCUGCCAAACAAGAAGAUCAAAACUGAGGAAGUCAAGUUAAAUGUAAAGGAAGCCUCCAUGUCGGAUAAUGAUGAAAGCAACUUCAGAGCUGAUGUCAGUCCUGUAGCUAAUGUAGAUAUUACAUCUACUCCGGGGGCCAUUGAACUUCCUGAUACUCAAUUCCAUAAGUUUGCGCUUGAUGAAGAUAAUUUACCAAGUCUUUUUAAAGUUAAUCAAAUAUGGGCUCUUUAUGAUCCAGCAGAUGACAUGCCCAGAUGGUAUGCUUUUGUCAAGAAGGUCCUCACCCCUGGAUUCAAGCUCGAAAUCAGGUGGCUGGAGGCCAAUCCAGAUGACCAAGGUGAUAUUGAUUGGUGUGUGAAGGAGUUGCCAGUUGCUUGUGGUAAAUUCAAACUAGGGGACAAAGAUGAACUUAAAGAUCAUCUUAUGUUUUCUCAUCAGAUGCACUACACAAAAGGGAGAGGUAGCCAUUCUAUUCUGCUAUAUCCUAGGAAGGGAGAAACUUGGGCAAUUUACCAGAAUUGGGAUAUUGGAUGGAGUUCUGAGCCGGAAAAGCACAUGCCCUACAAAUAUGAAGUUGUUGAAGUCUUGACAGACUUUGUUGAAGCUGUUGGAAUUGGAGUUUGUUAUUUGGGAAAAGUGAAAGGAUUUGUCAGCUUAUUUCAGCAAACCGAGCAGCACGGGGUUGUCAUGUUUCAAGUUCCACCUCAUGAGCUAUACAGAUUUUCUCAUCAGAUUCCGUCUUUCAAAAUGACUGGUUGUGAAGGACAUGGUGUUCCCCCAGGAUCCUUUGAGCUUGACCCAGCUUCUUUGCCCUCCAGUUUUAUUAAUGCAAGUGAUCUAGCUGAUUUGGAAAUGGAUAACAGAAGCAAGAAAAUUGAAACUGAUGGCUCUUCUCAUGCAAAGGUUGGUUCUGUAACUGCAUGCACAGGCAUGAAUCAGGAGAAGCUUUUUGAAAGAGAGACGUUGAUGUCUAGAUCUUCACGAGAGUCAGAGACUGAAUAUGUGAACUGUAUGAAAGGGAAGUCUGUCACAGACCUAUACCAUGGAAACUUCAGACAACCCAAGGAAAGUGCUAUUCCAUGUCAAGCAGAUAAGAGAAACAACACACAGAAGAAGCAUCAGAAGAACGAUUCAGAUUCAGCAACUUUUAGUCUUAGAAGAUCACCAAGGGAAUUAAGCAAGAACAGUACCAUGUCAAACGGAGGUAUGAAGUGUCCAGAUUCUGGCGAGGAUGAAAAACAUGUCAGUUUCUCGCAGGCAAACACUACCUCUAGCCAGCACAAUAAUAGGAUGCAAUCAACUCUGAAGGAUCAUUAUUCUCCCAGUCACAUUAAAACGCCUGUACCUCCAUCUACAUCCCCUGCCUGCAGAUUGUCCCAGCCUGAAUUAUACAACUUCAAAGGGCUAAAAUCUCGGGAGAAAUUCAGUCUUGGUCAAAUUUGGGCUCUGUAUAGUGAUGUGAAUGGGAUGCCUAAUACUUACGCACAAGUUAAGAGGAUUGAGGUUAGGCCGAAAUUUCAAGUGCAUAUGGCAGUGCUGGAACCUUGCUCAGCAAUGAAACAUUUGUCUGGACCAGUUUCCUGUGGGACAUUUAAAAUGAAAGAUUGUCCACCUGAGGUCUUCCCCCUCUCCUCAUUUUCUCACUGCUUAAAUACCGGAGAUGUUUCUGGUAGGAAAGUGUUUGAAGUGAAACCAAACAAAGGUGAAGUCUGGGCAUUAUACGAGAACCACAAUGCUGAACUGGUUUAUCCCAACCUGGAAAAGGGAGAAUGUGAAGUAGUGGAAGUGUUGGAAGAUGAUGUCAGAAGCACAAAGGUUGGGGUUCUGGUAAAGGUUAAAGGAUUUAAAUCAAUAUUCAAGGCUCCAAGAAUUCAGAGGUCAAAAACUGGGAUCAUUGAUGUACCAAUGGCCGAAUUUCAUAGAUUUUCUCACCAGAUUCCUGCUUUCCAGCACACUGGGGAGAGUGACAGUCGAGUCGCAGGCUGUUGGGAGCUCGAUCCAUCAUCAAUACCUGGUACUGUUAUUUCCUUAGAUUGAAACUGCAAUGCACCAACUUUCUUGCAUCCUAUGUACACCGUUGGUGCAACUCUCUUACAUUUGCCAGAAACAUUUCAGUUUACAUUUCUCUUCGGAGCCUGAGGCAUGAGCUUGUGUUAACUCUUUGCUAGCUAUUCAAUAAUGAUGAAGAGGCAAA